GUUUUCUUCGCGGGCAAGAACAAUGGCCUGCGCUGCUGCCCACACAAUGGGCCCUCCUCAAAUAGUCCACCCUGGCCUCCGCAAUGCCUGCCCGCCUUUCGAGGCUUCUUCUCCCCUCUCGCGCUGUCGACGACCCAUAGACUCACCCUCUCGCUGUCGCCGGUCGACUCUCUGGCACCCAUGUCCGCCACUCACGCCUGGAACGCUCCUCCGCCCGUUUACGACGCUCGUUCGCCCACUGGCCUCCAACCAUACCUUGAGCUCCCACACCUUCUCUCUCUGACAUGGCUUGCCUACCCCAUCCUCUCUCUGCUCUUCGUCGCAUUCCGUCUCCAGCUUUCUGCCGACUCGGCGCAGUCGAGCGCUGCCAGUGCGAAGUCAGACCUCCUCGCCGCAUGCCAGGCUGCACAGAAGGCCGCCACAUCUGCGGCGAGCAUGCCCCGGUACCUCGCUGUCAUGACCAAUAACGGCAUCGCGGACGCUGUGAACGAUACCAUGAACGCUGCACGCGAGGCACUAGUGCUCACCCUAACCGUUAUGGAGGCGAUCAUCAAUUUCAUCGUCGACAUGUAUCGUUCCACGUUUCUGUGCUUCCUCGAGCUGGUUGUGCGUGGCGCGCUGUCUCUCUUAAUCGAUGCGGUUAAUGAGAUCAAUUCAUUUCUAUCCAGCACCUUCAGCUCAAUACGCUCGUCGAUCCAGAGUGACGUUGGCGGCGUGAACAGCGCUAUACAGGCUAUCGUGAACAAGGUCAAUGGCUUGAAGGUGUUCGGUACGAUUACCGCCCCGCAGCUCAGCAUCCCGGCGCUGUCCUCCCUGCAGAACGUCACACUUCCCAACGACUUUGAAGAGGCUCUCGUGAAGCUUAAUGACUCCCUUCCUACCUUGUCCACGCUCAAGAGCGAGCUUGAUGACCUCAUCGACACACCAUUCGAGCUCGUCAAGAAGGAGAUCAAUGUUACCUUCGCCAAUCUCACUUUUGACCGCGCCGUACUCCCCGUACCGCAGCAGAAUGCGCUCAGCUUCUGCGACGACAUGGACACAUCCUGGGUGGACGACGUCGGCACGGACCUUGUCAAGGUGGCGCACAUCGGAAUCAUCAUUCUCAUCGUCCUCGCUCUACUUUUGGUCGGCGCGAACUGCUUGUUCGAGUGGUACAAGUGGCGAUGCUUGAAGAACCACCUGCAAUACACCCGCGAUGCGUGGACCUCCGACCCUACAGCGUACCAUGGCGGCGUCUCGAAGUUUGGCACACCCCUGGUGGACAUGAGCGACCACAAUCUGCUCGUGCUCUCCGCAGAUUCGCAGCAUCCGCACCUCAUGAAGAUCGCCAACGCAAUCGCGCGUCUCUUCCGCCUCUCGCCUUCGCAGUAUGUCAACCUGCGCUGGUUCAUGCACUACGUCUUCCAUCCCCCAGCCCUCGCAUGCUUCCUCAUCGGGUUCUUCGGCCUGCUCUCUGUCGAGAUCCAGCUGAUCGCCGUCCGCCCGAUCGCGGACAAGUUCGGUGACCAGGUGUCCGCAAGUGUGUCAAACACCGUAACCCUCAUCGGCACGUCCAUCAACGGGAGCAUGUACAACCAGAGCGCAGCCUACGCAGACUCCAUCAACACGCGUGUCGCGACCGCGCAGUCGUCAAUCAGCGGCGGGCUCAUCGGCUGGAUCGACAACUCGACCGUGACGCUGAACAACACGAUCAACGCGUUCUACACCGACCUGCAGAACGCGGUUAACAGCGUGUUCAACGGGACGGUCAUGCAGAGCCCCGUCGACGAGUUCAUCAAGUGCUUCAUCGGCUCCAAAGUCGAGGACCUCGAGGAGGCGCUCACGUUCCUCCACAACAACCUCAACGUCACGCUCCCGACGGUGAACCAGAGCGUGCUCGUCCUCUCGCAGAGCGACAUCAGCGAGAUCACCCAGCCCGUCGCGGAGGCCGCCGUCGGCUCGGGCAACGGGAACAGCCAGGGCAUCGUCGGCGACAUCGUCGACGCGUACAUCAAGUCACUCAAGGGGGAGCGCAUCAUGUUCGCCGUGUUCAUGGGCCUUUGGGCUUUCGUCGUCCUCAUGGCGCUCGUGAUCAUCUUCUGGCACUCGUAUGGCAAGCGCUGGGUCGAGGCCCACAAGCGGCGCAAGUGGGAGCGGGAGCAGCGCCGUGGUGUCGAGGGCCUGAUUGUACCCUUCCGUGACAUGGACCCUGGUGGCGCUCAGCAUACGGACCCUGAGAUGCGCGACUCUGCGGUGGUCAUGGACGAAAAGAAGAGUGCCGGGGAGGCUCCCCCGGGCAACUUCCUCGAUCACGAGUCAUCCUCGGGAGGCCAGCCUGGUCGUUUCACGCUGUGGCUCACUGCUCCUACGCGGUUCUUAACCUUGGGCAAGCGAACGAUUGCCCGGGAGAAUGCAGGUAAAGACGAGGAGAAGACUGCUGUCCUUGCGAUGCAUGACGAAGCCAGGCCAGAGCAGAACAACACCCGGUUCACGCGAUGGUUCAGCACGAAACGUUCUGGGAAUGCACAGACCGACUCGGCGGACGAGCCCGCGGAAGAGAAGCCGUUGACCCGCGAGCGCACCCGUCCUCCGCUCACCAUCAACGUCUCCUCCGCGUCCGCUGCCGAGUCCGACCACACCACUCUCGCACGGGAGAACGACGCCCGCCCGACGUCGGCAUGGUCUGUCUCGCCCGGCCCACCGCCAAAGCUUCCCUGGAUGACGAAAAUCCUCCCGACGAGCCGUGUUGGCCUGCCGAGCAACCCCUACCUGAAGCGCAAGUCGCAGCACGCGGUAGUCAUCACUCCGCCCGGUCCCGGUCCCGCGUCCGAAGCGCAGGCCGUCAUCCACAUCGCCCCCAUCCCCCUGCACCACGCGUUCGUGCGCCCGCCGCCCACGCCUCCCACGCAGGUCUUCCAGCCGCUCCAGCCGCCGCCGCGCUACCGUGGCCCGCGCCAUCCGAGCCUCCACGUGCAGACGCAGCCCACGCCCUCGCCGCAGUACCUCCAGGCGCAGCCGCCGUCCGCGCUCGACCCCGACACCUCGACGCCUGUGACGCGGCUGCUGGCGACGAACCACGCGCGGCACUCGUCGAUGGCCGUCGACCCGUUCGUGACGCCGUUCGACGACGAGCACCGCGCGGCACCCGAGCCCUCGCCCCGGACGCCGGUGAUCACGAACCCGUUCGUGGACGACGACCCGUUCGUGGACAGGCGCGAGAGCAGCAGGCCGGAGGGCGGGCGCAAGCUGAAGCGCGCGACGAACCCGUUCUAUGCCAUGGCUCUUUGAGAGAGCAUGGCUGAUCUUCACUGUUCAUAAUCGAGCUGUAGCUCGUCUUCUCUCCCCCUUUGUUUUCUCACGACCCACAUCCUUGCGGACCUCUGGACACGACUGCUCACUGACGGUUUAAUCUGGCUAUCGACCUGUUAUCCCCUCUACGACCUAUCACCACGCCCACACUGUAUCCUUACCUACGCUCUGUCCAGGGAACCCGAGCACUGUAGCAAACUGUAAUUACUACCGGCAGUAUAGCCUAAUGUUUUCAUAGUAGUUGCAUCCGAAUGCGAAUGCAGAUCGUUAUCACAGCG